AUGGAUUAAGUUUUUAAUCAUUUAAUAAAAAGAGCAACUCCCUAACCCAUUAUUAAAGUUGGAACACCUUGGUAAUGCAUUCCUAUUAAAAAUGAUAAACAAGCAAGAGAUACAACAGAAGUUCAUAUGUCUAAUUAAGGAUUUAAUGAAUUGGCUUAAUUUGAUAAAUUUAUGAAUCUUGAAGUUGUUUGGCUUAAUGAAAAUUAAGUAAACAAACACAUUUAUUUAGUUAACCAAUAUUAAAGGAAUUGAGUAAAAUUUCAGAAUUAAACAUCUAUAUUUACAAAAAAAUAAAAUUAGUACACUUGAAGGUUUAUAAAAUUUGAAGCAUUUAUAAACAUUAAGUUUAUUUAAUAAUGAGCUUAGAGACUUAGAAAAAAAUCUUUUGAUAUUAAAGGAGUUUCCUGGACUUUCUAAUUUGGGUACUUAAUUUGCUUAUAUUGUCUUAGAUCUAUUUAAUAAUCCAGUGGCAGAAGAACCUUAUUAUAGAAAUAGAGUAAUAUCAGCUCUUCCUCAAUUACAAUUACUCGAUCGAUCAAUUAUAACUGUAUAAGAAAAGAUUAAGGUUGAAGCAUGGUACAAGUAUUUCAAAGCAGAAGUUAAAAUUAAAAAGAAAGGAUAGAAAAAGUAAAAGUUACUUCCAUCUUAAAUCUUCUCUGUUGGGGAGAAAAUACUUUAUAAGGAAGUUGAUUAAAUUAAAGCAAAGAGAGAAUAAGAAAAGGCAGAUGAAAUAUAAAGAGAAAGAACUAGAAUUAAAAUGAAAGAAAAAACAUUUGAUCCUAAUAAAUUUCCAACAAAUGAAUUGAAAGAAUAAUUAAGGUAAAGACUUCAUGACAAUCCAAUGAGUAUAGUAAAUGAAUGGGAAAAGGGGAAACUUAAGAAGAUAUUUAAAUCAUAUGAUAAAGGUAAUAUAUAUAAAUUUAAAUUAGAAAAGAAAGGAUUAAUUACAUAAGAUAAAUUGUAAGGAUUAUUUGGAGAUUUAAUUAAUGAUAUAGCAAAUAUUGGUAAGGUACCAGCUGUUUCUUUUGAAAAAUUUAAAGAAAUUAUGUCAGAAGAUCCAUUACCUUGGGACUCUUUUUGUUUUUAAUUGAAUCAUGUAGAUUUUUAAAGGGCACCUGAAGAAUUAUUAUAAAAGAAAAUAGAUGAAAAAUAUAAGGAAUUCAAUAGAAGAUUGAAUGCAGGAAAGAAGGCUGAAGCAAAAGAAUUUAUGAUUGAAGCAGUUAGACUUGAAGCAGCUAGAGAUAAAGAUGAGCAUAAGUAAAUGAAUUUAAUAAUAAAUAAGAUUACCAGAGAUUAUACCAGAUGAUAAUACUAAAAUAAGGAGUGAUUGUUUUGAUUUUUCAAGAUAUAAGUAUAAGUAGAAUUUUACAGAUACUGCAAAAUAUCUAUUACAGUGA